AUGGUCGAUGGAAGCGAGUCCAUAUGCGAGGACUCUUCAGAUGACCAGUUUGACGCAUGCGUGAUGGGGGACGAGCUCCCAGUUUUUCAGACAACCACGCGACCUACUGUGUCCGCUGUCUCCUCGACAACUAUGUACCACUCAUUGCUGACGCCGGUUGCCGAGACAGCAGCCAGCAAAUUUGGCACACUGCCCCAAGCACCGACAUUUACUCUUGAGGAGCUCAACCGAUACAUCGAGUCGUCCGCGACAGACGAAUCAGAUCUGUCCAAGCAUUUCCAACGAGAGAGACCAACCGAAGUCGUCGAGUUGCUUUCAAAAGCUCUUGACCCAGCUGCUGCGAUAUGGGUUCCAAGUGAUCGACAACACCAAGGGGAUAUUAAUUAUUACGCAACAAUUACCGAGGUGUCACGCGCGUUUACUCUCAAUCAACGGCAGCACGCCGCAUUCACAAUCAUCGCGACUGCACUGCUACAAACGUUUCUGCGGCAGGAGCAGUCUGGCAUAGAACUCGUCACCGGUGUCGCGAGUGACCAGAGUAGACAUGACUUUGAAGCGAAGCUCAGAGACGAGCAGCUGCUCAUGUUUCUUGGUGGUGCUGGUGGAACGGGCAAAAGCUGCGUUAUCAACGCAGUCAGCUCGUUCUGUAUGAGCUGGCAUCGUGAAGCCUCGCUGACGAAGACAGCACUUACAGGAAAGGCUGCUACUCUGAUUGGCGCGCGGACCUUGGCGAGCUUCCUCAUGCGAAUCAAGCAUGCGAUCCAAGAUAAAUCGUUCUCGACACUGGACGCGCUUGUCAUCGAUGAAGUAUCGAUGUUAUCGAAACCCGAGUGGUUGAAACUGGAUAAGCUAUUGCGCAGAUACAAGCAAGUACCCAAUGAAGGGAUUGUGUUCCUCGUGACGAUCGCGCGCGAUGCCAGAGUGAGCGCGCUGCAGGAGAAGAUCGCAAGUACAUACAGAGUCAUGAGCAACCGCGUUGAGGUUUACCCAGCCAAGAUGACGCUGUACUUGGCGCGGAAGAAGCAAGGCAAUGAAAUGAAGUGGCUGACUGGCGGUCAGAAUGUGGAAGACUUGCUGCGCGGAAAGGUCGACACUACGUACAAGAAGAUGUAUCCGUGGUUGAAGCUCAACAAUGACGAGUUGUUUGGGCCAGACUUCGCCUCCGGUGAAGAGAUUCACGUGUUGGUGGAACUCCCAGCCUCGGCUGACGUGGCACCACGGCAGCAGACAGGUUUAUGGCUGGUUCGUGGAUCGAUUGCGAAUGCUCUCAGCAUAAAAGGAGUUCGCUGCAGGCUGUACCGCUUGGCUGGAACAUAUCUUGGAUACUAUGAUCCUGCUCGUCGCACUGGUGACAAGAAUGUCGCGCUCUGGUAUGAAGACAAGACCUUGUGCAUCCAUAUUCUGUUCAAGACAGGUGAGCAUUUCGUUGCUGUGUGGCAGUCUGCUUGUGUUGACUCGCGUGUUGCUAUUGCAGAAGAAAAUGCUUUGCGAUUCGACAAUGCUUUACAGGAAGAGCCAGUAACGCUGGGCUCUCCGCUGAAUGGCCAAGAAGUCACGACAAGCGUUGCGCAAUUUGAAGGUGUGCCCACUGAGCUAACGCGCAUCUACUUCAUCCAUUAUGACCCACUGGAGUCGGAGUCGCCGCAAGACACAAUGUCAUCUAUAUCGUUGACUUCAAGCGUCUCGAUUUUGGAUGCCUCGACCGACGAGUUUCGUUAUCAACGAAUUGAACACGAGCGGUAUUUCUUGCCAUACGGCAACGCCGAAAGCUGUCAUUUGGUGUCAAGAAAGCAAAGCAGGGACCACAAACGAGAGUUUGCCAAGUACGAUCGUGACACGAACAACCGGCUUGCACUUUCUCGUGAAAUGCAUGGCUUCUAUGACGCUCUCAGCUAUGACGUUCCAAUUGUCAACAUGGUUCCCGUUCCUGGACCUGUCGAGAAGCCAUCAAUUGGCAGCAGAUACAAGGUCGAGAUCUUCGUGAAGGUUUUAGAUGCGCAUUGCAUAGAUCGCGUUUUCAGUCGUCUGAAAGAAGGAUCAACGACGAUCGACGAUCCACUCGUGAUGAAGACGUUUGUUCACGUGGAGAAUCCAGAGACGUUUCGUCUCUGCAUGCAGUGGAAGCAUGAUGAGAACGACGAGCGCUGGAGAAGCUUUCUUGCCAUGACUCCUGCGGUUGAUUAGUUGAGUUCCGAGGUUCCGAAACCGAGUUCCGAACCGGUUCCAAAAUGAUGCCGUACUUACUAGAGCAGCUGUGGUGCUACAAUUUAAUAGUGAAUUGCAAUUAUUUGAUGA